GCAAGCAUCAACAAAGACCAUCCUCUUUGCCCCGGAUCCGUAUUUGGCCUCUCCGAGGACCACGCCGACGUAGGAGAGCCGGCCGGGUCGAAAUGCCACGGCUACUUCAUUCACGAGCGCGACGAACACUCCAUCAAAGAGAAGCGGCCCAACUGGGACUACCACCGCUUCACCGUCGAGUUCAAGCGCGGCGGGACCCAGAACGAUCCUUGGGACGACGACAAGACGUACAACCCCGAGUCGACUGCUGUCUCGCGUAAAGUUGUCCGCGGCCAGCUCUCCUCCUACGCCGACCUCGUCUUCAAGCACCAACACCGCCUCUUCCACUUCAUGCUCCUCGUCAACAGCGCUCGCUUCCGCAUUCUUCGCUGGGACCGGUCCAGGAUCGCGGUAAGCGAGGCGACCGACUACGCCAAGGGGGUCCCCGGCACUCGACAGCUCUUUAGGGUCCUCUACGCGCUCUCGAUCAUGACAGACAAGCAAGCCGGAUACGACCCCUCUGCUUUCCAGCUCAAGCCUGGCUCGUGUGGGUGGGAGCGGAUGAGCCACCUGGGCGACCCCACCAAGCACGCGUCCGACGUCGACCACGCUGAGCGUUUUGACUUUGCCGACCCCGACAAGACCACCUACCCCGAGAACCUCUACCAUCCUCAAGACGCUUCUCAUCACUCGCUGUUUGACACCGGCGGGAUCUACAGCGACCCGAGGGCAAAGGUGACGUCGAACGCGCCGUGGGCCGACUGCGUCGAUCUCCCUACAUUCCAGUAUAUCCGGGCCAAGUUUAAGGCUUCCAUUAGCGGCGAUCGCCCUCGAUACGUGUUCAUCAUCAACGACAGGUACUACCUCGUUGGUUUCGCCGAGUUUGCGGCGUUGGGUCCGAUCGGGCGGGGUACGCGCGGCUUCGUCGCGCUGGAGUGGCACACUCAGCGGUUCGUGUGGGUCAAGGAUUGCUGGCACCCGUUCUACGCAAACACCGCAGUGGAGGGCGACAUUCUCAAAGAGCUCAACGAGGAUGGCAUCGAGAACGUGCCGACGUUGGUGGCGUACGAAGACUACGAGGGCGAACACCAGGUGACGUGGGAGUCCGAGCACAGCGGUCACCUGGCUGAAGCCGGGUCGACGUCGACCACGGAGCGUCCGAAGGCGCCUCUCCCCACCAGCACUCGCACCCGGCCGCCGCACUCCCCGUCGCCCGCGCCGAAGCCACAUGUGUACAAGCAGGCCCAGCCGGCCCAGCCUUCGACGUCCUCUUCGGCGCAAGGACCCUCCUUCCCCUCCCUUGCGGCGUCGUCUGGUCAGUCUGGCGUCAAGCGUCUCCACGGGCAGGACGAAGCCAAGACAUCUACACUGGUCGCGCUGCCUGACUACGUCCCCGGCCCUCGCCACAUGCGUCAUUGCCGUCUCGUCGUCGCCGAGGUGUGCUUGAAGCUGACAACGUUCGAGUCGUCUCAGCAGCUGGUGCGAACUAUCUACUGGGCGUUUCGUGCGCAUGCACAAGCAUAUAAAGUCUCCAAGGUCCUACACCGUGAUGUGAGCGCGGGCAACAUCCUGAUGUACCCCAGGAUCUUCCACGCGGAGAGCAAGACUGCGUGUCUGAGUCGCGGUAUGCUCUGCGACUGGGAGAUGGCCAAGAAGAUCACGGUUUCGGACGUAUCUCAGCCCGAGCGCGCUGGAACGUGGCCUUAUAUGUCGGUCAUGUGCCAGGACAAUGCAUCGUUGGGGCCGAAGGUCGGAGACGAGGCCGAGUCCUUCCUCCACGUCGUCAUCCGCCAAGGCCUCCGCUUCGUGAACCACAAUUGGUCGAAGGUCGACGUACACCAGUUCUGCCUGCAGUACUUCGAAAGCCACGCCGGAAUCCGGAGCCACAUGCGGUCGAGCCCGUUCAAGAAGGAGUGCAUCCGUGACGGCGUACUUUACCAUCCCACCGGAAUCCUCGGUCGUCUCGAGUUUACCGCGGUUGGUGACGACGGCGGCGCGGCGGUACACCCUCUCAACGAGCUCGUCCAACUUCUCCUUAACCUGUGCUCCGCCCGGUUCGCGGUCCACCUCUACGAGGUCAAGCUCGCGGAGUACAAGUCCGCAGUGUCCCGACCUGCGGCCCAGGUCGUUUCACAGACCACUCAGUCGACUAGCCUCUUCGAUCUGAUUGACGAGGACGAGGACGAGGACGAAGAGGAUGUCGUCCCCUUCAAAAUCAAACCCCCCUCUGAGCCGAAUUCUGACGUCAAGGCCCUUGCUGCUCUGCUUGACGAUAGCGGGCGUGUCUUGAACCAGCUGAGGCGGUUCGCGUUCCCUCGGAAGAACAAGACGGGUGCUCUAACGUGGACGUGGCCGGCCAACGACAGGAGCGCGGAGGACGCGCUCAUCGGGUACAAUGCGUACGCUGACUUCCCGCUUCCGGUCGCCACUGGGUCGAAGCGGACGUCGGUCAAGGCGCGGAAGACGUCGCAGGUGCAGUCGGCGGGUGCCGCUCACUUGUGUAGCUCGGAGUAG